AUGAAGUUCUCGCUCCCUCUUCUCGCGGUCUGCUUGACGCAGCUAGUUUCUGCAAUUCCAUCAUCCAUCAGCAAGCGCGCUGUUACCGGAUACAGCACUGUUGCCACCACUGGUUUCGCUACCCAGAAUGGUGGAACCACCGGUGGUAGUGGCGGUACUGUCACUACCGUGACUACCCUUGCCGCACUUACAGCCGCUGUCGCAGGUGACGCGAAAAAAAUUGUUAUUGUCUCCGGUACUCUCACCUCUACUGAGUCCGAGGGCGUUGCUGUUAAGCCUGGCUCCAACACCUCGAUUCUUGGAGCUCAGGGUGCUACCCUUGUCAACAUUGGAAUCCGAGUUCUCAACGUGGAGAACGUUAUCGUUCGUGGUCUCAAGAUUCAGAAGGUUCUUGCAUCCACCGAUGCCAUUGCCAUUCAGGCCUCCUCCAAUGUUUGGAUCGAUCACAACGAUCUCUCCUCCGACAUGGACCAUGACAAAGACUACUACGACGGCCUGCUUGACAUCACCCACGGUUGUGACUGGAUCACCGUCUCCUACAACUACCUCCAUGACCACUGGAAGGCAUCCCUUGUUGGACACUCUGACAGCAACUCUGCUGAGGACACUGGCCAUCUCACUGUUACCUACCACCACAACUACUGGAAGAACUUGAACUCCCGUGGACCUUCUUUCCGCUUCGGAACCGGCCACAUCUACAACAACUACUACGACACCCUCAAUGACGGAAUCAACACCCGUGAUGGUGCGCAGCUGUUGAUUGAGAACAACGUCUUUGUCAACACCGAGGAUGCGAUCUACUCCACCGACGCCGGCUAUGCAGUCGCCACCGGAAACGACUUGGGCAUUGGCACCAACGAGGCUCUCGUUGGAACCAUCACCUCGUCUAGUCUCCCCUACACUUACACUCUUGACGCCGUCAGCGCCCUCUCUGCCCUCACAACUUCGGCUGGUGCCACCGUCUGGUUCAGCUCCAGCACCGCUUAA